AUGCCCGGUAUCCAGAUCAUCGCCAACAACGAGGCCCCCAAGCAGGCUUGCCUGUGCCCCCGCUGCGACUUCACGUACGCCGGCGCCGCGGGCGUCAACAUCUCCAACGUGUCGUCGUCGUCGUCGACCUCGACCACGGCUGUCAACACGUCGUCGGCGACCGUCGCGGCCACCCACACGGCCACCCAGACCAUCGUCUACAACCACGACGUGUCGGUCUCGCUCGCGCAGAUCAACGAGCUCACCGUCGGCCCCAUCAUCUACGCGCUCCCCUCGCACCAGGUGCUCACCGCCGUCGCCCCCGUCGACCCCAAGGGCACCCCGCUCACCUUCACCUUCAACCCGCGCCUCGUCCGCGACCACCUCCACCGACAGUUCCUCAGCUACCUCGCCGAGGGCGUCCACGGCUCGUUCUUCGUCAAGGGCACGGCCGCCGCCAAGAUCCACGACGCCCGCCAGGUCCUCGCUGUUGACCGUCUCGACGGCUACGCCUCGCUCCAGUCGUUCGUCUACGCCCACCUCCUCGGCUCGGUCAACGUCGCCCUCCUCGAGCAGGCCCCCCGCAACUCGACCCUCGACGGUGCCCGCAUCUGGGCCGUCUCGAGCCCCGACCGCUGCCGCCUCGGCGCCCAGGCGGCCCUCGAGCUCAGGAUCGCCGGCAUCCCCCACGUCGCGGCCGACUUCCACCCCGCGACCGUUGUCCCCAACGCCCUCAUUGACGCCGUCCUCAACGCCGUCCGCCUCGGCGCCGUCUGGGACCUCGCCCGCGGCCGCGUCGUCGCUGCGCCCGUCAACGACAACCAGUCGCUUCACCACGACGCGCAGAUCCUUCUUGGUCAGGUCUGGGACCGCUUCGCCCGCGGCCACGCUUCCAACGCGUCGGUCAACUGGGUCAUCCUCUUCAACGUUGAGCGCUCGCUCAUCUUCCACCGCCGCGGCAACGACAUUAGCGUUUCGCACGUCAUCUCGGCCACGGGCGUCUCGAACACCCGCAACUCGGUCCAGAACAUCUACUCGCUUCUCCUCGCCAUCGGCACCCUCGAGAAGCACCAGUACUUUCACGGCUGCCCCAAGGUUCUUCUCGAGCCCGCUGUCGUUUACGAGCGCAACAUUGUCACCACCGACCCUCCCCGCCCCGAGGUUCGCUACGAGCGCAAGAGCGACUACUACUACGACCAGCACAAGAUCACCACCGACCCCCCUGUUGUCGUCCACAAGCCCGUCAUCGACCUUGGCUACUACCCCGACCCCUACCCGGUCGUUACCCCCGCUCCUGUUUGGGCCGGCAAGGGCCACCGCGGCCACCACCACCCCGACCCCCACCCCGUCCAGCGCUACUACUAA